AUGGACGUUCUGGUGUCGGCCACCGUCCAGGGAGAACGGCCGGCUUCAGCGCUGCGCUCGCGCGUGGGCAUAUCUGACACGGGGGACCCACUGCUGCUGCAGUUCAGUGGUCAGCCCAAGGCCGCCCCCUCGGUCACUCUGUUCCCGCCCUCCUCUGAGGAGCUCCAAGCCAACAAGGCCACACUGGUGUGUCUGAUGAGUGACUUCUACCCGGGCGCCGUCAGCGUGGCCUGGAAGGCAGACGGCAGCGCCGUCACCCAGGGCGUGGAGACCACCCAGGCCUCGAAACAGAGCAACGGCAAGUACGCGGCCAGCAGCUACCUGAGCCUGUCCCCCGCCCAGUGGAAAGCUGGCGGCAGGUUCAGCUGCCAGCUGCAGCUGGGGGCUGGCACUGGGGCUGGGGGGUCUCAGGGAGGGUUUUUGUUCGAGCUUGUGUCACAGUGUUAUGUAUUCGGCGGUGGAACCAAGCUGACCGUCCUAGGUCAGCCCAAGGCCGCCCCCUCGGUCACUCUGUUCCCGCCCUCCUCUGAGGAGCUCCAAGCCAACAAGGCCACACUGGUGUGUCUGAUGAGUGACUUCUACCCGGGCGCCGUCAGCGUGGCCUGGAAGGCAGACGGCAGCGCCGUCACCCAGGGCGUGGAGACCACCCAGGCCUCGAAACAGAGCAACGGCAAGUACGCGGCCAGCAGCUACCUGAGCCUGUCCCCCGCCCAGUGGAAAGCUGGCGGCAGGUUCAGCUGCCAGGUCACGCACGAAGGCAGCACCGUGGAGAAGACAGUGGCCCCUGCAGAGUGUGCUUAGGCCCCGGCCCCACCGCCCUCGGGGCCUGGAGCUGCAGGGGCCCAGGGGAGGGGCCUCCCCUCCCUCCCAGCUCAUCCCCCCCCUGCCCUGCACCCGAUGAACCCUCAAUAAAUAUCGUUGUUAUCA